AUGGUUGGUGACUCACUGGGCUUAGUUCUGGUGAUCCCAGUAAAUAAAGAUGCUAGACGUGCAGGAGAAAUUGAUCAGAUCGCCUUUGAAAUCGAUCUUUUCCAUAGUGGUCUGAGGGGUUUGUUCCUCUUCGGGCAUGCUACAUCGGAUCAAGUCUUCCAGGUGAGUGUCAGCGAAGAGUGGGAAGGUGGUAAUGAAAUUGGCUCCAAUGCCAAUAAGAAAGCUGCCACUAAUAAGUUAAGAUCCGAAGUCUUCGACUCGGUGCUCGACGAACCGAAGGCGAAAAAGCUAAGGGAAGCCCUCUCGAGAGAGAAUUCUAAAGCCCUUCCUCCUUCACUAUCUAAUGACAUCCAGAAGGUACGAAAGCACUUCUCUGAGAUUGAGACUGAUGAAGGCAAAGAAAAAGAAGAUAAAGACCUACUUACAGAAGAGGUCAUUAAAGAGAGUCCAUGGCCGCCCGAGAAGCACCGGAGAAGGUCUCGACUCUCUAAGAUAGGAACUCAAGCCCCUUCAUGUAAUGCAUUUGUGCCUGACCCUUGCAAUUCACUUUCAAAGGACGAAGGAGCUCGAGCUCUCUUCCAUAUUCAAUUCUCGGAAGAAGAUUCUCAGAAGCUGAUUCUACGCAUCAGACUAACUGGAGUUCAUGCUUUCCUGCGUAAGAAGGUCAAAUGCUCUUCUUUUGUCAGUUCUGGUAGAUUACUUACACAUUGGAUCGGGAAGAGAGAUGGGAAAAAGACUGCAAGGGCAUAUGGUACGCAAAGGAAAUCCGAUUUCGGUCAAGGACUGCCUCUUCCGGCCCCUUCCGGCCAAGUCAACUCGGCCCCGUGGAUAGAGGAUCCCAGAGAAAUCGAUAUCCUGUUGGGAUCUUCGUCUGUGCCGGGCACGUCUGUUGAAACGGGCACGUCUGUGACUCAACCUAGAGCUGGACCAGUAAACCCAGAGGCGGCCGACUCCUCCCAAACUUCUGGAGAUCCAGUCGCUUCCCCGGGGGAGGAAGCUGACUCCAAUCCCUCUUCCGAGGACAUACAAAUGGCUCGGAUUCACACCGAAGACCUAUUCGAGGUCAAGGUUGAGAUUAUAAAACUCAUGGCGGUCCUUGACCCAACGGGAGAUUGGAUGGGACGAGGAGCUAGAGCUCUCGAUAAUCCUCGUACCGCCACGGGGGAGGAGUCCGUGGGGAAACUCUAUGCCCUAUUGGAGGACCUGCAGACGAAUGGAGUGCAAUCACCUUCCUAUAAGAAAUUGAAAGGGAAGGUGUUCCAACGCAUUGAUCCAGAUAUGUCCGCAUAG